GCUUGUGCUGAGGAGAGGGACUGAAGAGAUCUUUUUCACAGCUGACUGCCAGGCAAAGGAUGGCUGUGAGCUUUAGCUGGGUGGUAACCUGUGCCCUCUUCAUAGCUAGCCCUGCCAGUGGAUUUAGCGAGAAAGGACUCAAGCAGAUGUUGCUGGAGAAACUAGGGCUUCCUGAAGUCCCUGUCCUACAGAAGACAGACCUAGAGAAUCUGGUCAUUCCAGAGAAGAUGAGAAAUAGAUACAUGACCUUGCUGAAGCGUCACCGAGUGAAACGAAGAGCAUUGCCAAGUUUAGCUGGGAUCCUCAGAGGAAUUCCCGGCAAUGCAGAUAUUUCAGGAGAUGUCCUCUAUUCAGAUGCCACCCGCCAGAAUCUGAUCUUUGACAUGGAAGGGAGGAUACCUGAAAACAGUGAAGUUACUAUGGCUGAACUGAAGCUUUUCAAAAAGCCUGUGAACAUGAAAAGCCUGCCCCUCAGGCAGUCUCAGAGGCCAGUCAUGAAUGCCAGGGUGAGCGUUUACUGGGUACAGCUUCAAGACAAUGGAACCAACCGAACAUCUUUGAUUGACUCCAGGUUAGUUCCAAUCAUGGAAUCUGGAUGGAGGAACUUUGAUGUCACACAGGCUGUACAUUUUUGGCUAAAAACCAAGAAGACUGGGCCAAUGCUCCUGGAGAUCUGGAUUGAAGGAGAAAGACUAGGCAGCUAUGCCUCUGAAAUGGCCAAAGUGGUGCGCUUUACUUCUCAGGACCCUUCAGAUAAGGCACUUGGCAAACCUGAGUUGGUGCUUUAUACUCUUAAUUUGGAAGAGUAUGGAGGACCUGGAGACUGUAAAGAGGGAACCUUGACAGAGAAGACCAUCUGCUGCCGUCAGGAACAUUACAUCAAUUUCCGAGAGCUGACCUGGACUCAGUAUUGGAUUAUUGAGCCAGCUGGCUACCAGGCUUACCACUGUGUGGGUGGCUGCCGGCAGCCCAAGAACUUGCUGCGCCAUUUUGGCUAUGGAGAGCGAACCUGUGCUGUGGUGGAAAGUUCCCCACUUCCCAUGAUGUACCUUGUCAAGAAGGGAAACUACACAGAAAUUGAGGUGGCAGAAUUCCCCAACAUGAUUGUAGAAAAAUGUGGCUGCAUAAUGGACAAUAUAGCAGUGGUCUAGCUAUGUACACACUGACACAUUUGUACUGGUAUCUCUAGCCAAACUGAAAGAGGUGGCUAGCUCUGGAACACUCUAUUCCUGCUUUAAUCACAGCUGUAAAUGCUGCCUUGUAACAGACUGCUCCUAAUGCUACUCAUAGAACACCCGUGGCAUUUUGAAUUUGGUUGCUGGUUUUGUCCAAAGCAUAGUUUUCUUCUUUCAUCAAAGGAAUACAAUUAUGCUGCCACAAACUGAAGCCGCUCCCAUUUGGAGUUUUCCACAAGAGGCCAAAAUAACAAAAUCUAGCAAUACAAAAGUUUGUACCAACAAAAUGCAUUUCAUUAACAUGGGUGGGAGGACUUAUAUCAGGGUGUUUCAAAUGUAGCCUGUGAGCAACAUGACCUUGGUUCCCGCGUUACAUUUCCAUGUUUCUUUUUUUCCUUUUUAAUUGUAAAAGUGCUAAAGUGAUAUAGCAUUUUAGCACUAUGACUAUAAUAAAAAACUAAAUAUAUUAGAAAGGGAAUGUGCAUACUGGUAAAGGAGCAUGAGGUAGUCAGUGAUGAGUUCAUGGAGGGGAUGGCAGGAGGGUGAAGGAAGACCACAUCAACCCUGCAGUUUAACUGCACCUUAAGUGGCAGAAGAAACAGUUGAAAAGAAACAUGCAGAUAGGUAGCACUCAACUCCACUAUUAUAAACCAGCAACAAACCGGGGCCACACCCUGGUUAUAUUGAGGGCACAACUGGAGCUGGAGCAGAAACUAUUAUUAGAAACUUUGAGAUCCUGAAACAGAAAGCCCUGAUAUUUACCAGAAAUAUUGGGCAGCCUGGGGAGCCCUUGGUGCACAGAGAGGCAGGAUAUAAAUAAUUUUUUAUUAUUGUUAUUGUUAUUAUUAAGAGAUCAUGAUUAAGAAAACUUGGAAUUCCCUCCUUGAAAUAUCACAUCGGUCUCAUUAACUUGCUAGGUAGAUUUUGGCAAACCAUUGUAUUUGACUCUUCAUCUGCAGUGUGAGGUGGUAACAAUAGUUCCACAGAUACUAAAGUUCAUUCAUAAGAAUUAGCUAUGUGCACUGGCCCUUGUGAGAAACUAUAACCUUCAUUUGUGGUAUUCUCUUCCCCUCAAAUAUCUGCAUGGCCCAUAGCUGUUAAUUUUCAAGAAAAUUGUUAUGACCAUUUCUUUAACAGCUAAUGCACUCUUAUAAAAGUGGUGAAGUAUGCUUUUAAUCCUUGUUUUUAUAUAAUAUUAUAUUUUCUUACAAUUUUCUUGUACAUUAUUUUAUAAGGGCAAUAAGCUCUGAAAGGAUUAUUAAAAUUCUUUGAUAAAUUAAUGCAUAAAAAUAAUUUGAAUGAUCAUAGCACAAACA